GUAUAUUUUUGAAUGAUUUUUGUAAUACAAAUCAAUUUUAAAUUAUUAUUUUGAUUUGAAUAUGUAUAUCAAGUAACAUAAAUCCGUUACUUUUUAAUAUAAUGUAAUUGACUAUCAAGUUUUUAAAAGCAUAAGUCUAUUACUUUUUCUUACUAACUUACUACUAUCCAUGUUUCGAAACAACACUAUUUUUUUAACAGCUAUCUAUGUUGUCAAACAAAAGUUUAAAAUACUUCUACUUUAAUAAGAUAAAUGUAAUGGACUUCCAAUUUUUUUAAUAGUAUAAGUCCAUUACUUUUUUUUUCUAAGUUACUAUUAUCCAUGUUUCGAAACGACACUAUUUUUUUUAACAGUUAUCUAUAUUCCCAAAAAAGCUUAAAGUAGUUCUACUUUAAUAAGAUACAUGUUGUAAAUAUUUCAUAACCCAAAUGAAAACUUCACAUUUGCAUGUAAUACAAUAAGCUAUUAUAUCAAAUAUUUUGUAACGAAAAAUACCGGAAAAGGAAUGCCAUCUAUUUAUUUAUGUAUGUUUUUAUAAUUUCGAGGAAUAUAGUAUGAUAGAAUCGAGAAAUGAGAGAAAUGCUCAGAUACUCUUAAUGAGGCAAAAAGUGAUCUGGCAUACUCUUACGAAAUCUGGCGUACUCUCUACUCUUAGUGAAAUAAGAGAUUUUCAAUUUUGCCCUUACGUUUUCCCUCUUCAAUUGAAAAUUUAAAUUUUGAAUUUUGGGUAUCAAAUUCAAAAUUUGAAUUUUGAAUUUUAGUAAAACUAAAAACCAAGUUGAACCAAGUUACACCACUGCCGAAGUACAAACUUGGUAUAACUAUGUCAUAGUUUUACCAAGGUAUACCUCGAAGAUGGUAUAACUAGGUUUUAGUUUUAUCAAGUUGUACAUUUGUCAAGGUACAACUUGGUAAAAUUAUAACCUAGUUAUACAGUUUUACCAACGAUUGCAGGAGUUGAUAAAACUAGUGCAAAGUUUUACUAAGUUGUACCAUUGUCGAAGUACAACUUUGUAAUACUUUGAACCUAGUUUAACCAAGUUCUACAGUUUUUCAAAGUUGUACUUUAACGAUUGUAUAACUUGGUAAAACUUUGUUUCUGGGUUAAAAUUUUACUUUCACAUUUCUCAUAUAUUCUUACAGCAAACCAGAUCUGUAGGAUCUAUAGUGCGAGAGAGAGAGAAAGAGAGAGACAAAGAGAGAAGAAAGAGGAAAACAUAUGAGAUUUGAAAAGAAUCCUAAAAUUGCAAACAAAGAACAACAAAUCAAAAAAGAGGAGAAACAUAUAAGAUUCGAAGAAGAAUGGAUUCGAAGAAGAAGAGAUUCGAAGAAGAACAAAAGGAAAAGCAGAACACCCGAAGAAAAGAAAACUAAAGACAAAAAAGUUUGGAUCGAAGAAUGAAAGAGAAGAGAGAAAAAAGAGAAGAGAGAAAGAAGUUGAAUAAUGUAAAUGAAAUCUAGAUCUGUAGAGAUAAGAGAUAAAAUUAGGUUUAGUGGCAUGUUGUGUAAAUAAGUAGAUUUAUAUUGGAUAUAUUAGAUUUUUUAUCAGAUUUCGAAUUAAAAAUAAAUGAAAAUGAAAUGAAUUAUAGAUGAGGAGUAUCUGAGGUUUUUUUUUUUAAAGAAAGGAGUAUUGGAGCAAUUGAUUCGAUAGAAUCGUUCAUAAAUUUUAAGCAACAUCAUAAUUCAUGUACUAAAUAGUGUUCCCAGUCAUAUGCAACUCGAAUGUGAGACGUACAUCAUCUACUACCUUGGACACUUUGCAAAAUGCCUGUCAUGUUUCAUGCGCUAUAUAGUGAUCCGCAAAUUUUCUUAAAAGAGUGUUUUUCACAAUGGUAAGAGAAGUCUUUCAAUGUUUAGCUUGGAGAAGAAAAAAGCAGAGAAACAAAUAACAAAAAGUCUUUCAACGUAAACCAAUACUGACAUCUUAACUUCACUUCUGUGCUUAAGUAUUUGACCUGGUCCUUAGGAUCUCCAUCAUUUCCAACUCAUUUAUGUUAUCCCUUAUUAAAUACGUCCUCCUCAACACAAACCAAACCCAAAAGAACACACCGUACAGAUCAAGAAAAUCAUGUAUUAUCUUCCCACUUCUUCUAUGGUCCUGUUCUUCAUCUUCUUCUUAUUUCACCCUCUUCUUUGUGCUUCAAGUAAACAAGAACUUGGAAGGUGUGAGACCCAGUUUCAGUGUGGGAACAUCACGGCCGGUUUUCCUUUCUGGGGCGGGAAUCGUGACAAACUCUGCGGUCAUCCAUCGCUGGAGCUUCACUGCAACAAAGACAUCACCUCUUUAUCCAUCUCAGAUCAAGAGUUCCGUGUUCUACAUAUAAAUCAAUCAUCUAACACUCUUAGACUUGCCAGAACAGACCAUAUGGGUUCUUUUUGCUUCUCUAACUUCACCAACACAACCUUGCCUCCAAAAUUAUUCAAGCUUUCCCCAACCUACAAGAGUGUCACAGUAGUUUAUCAUUGCAACCCUUUUCGUCUCCACGUUCAGGGAUAUAAAUGCCCCGAGACAGGUAUGAUCUUUGUGUCUGACAGCCCUGAAAAUUACAAUUUCUGCCUUGGCGGUUUCACCACGAACGUUCCUAGGAGUUUCGUUACAAAAAGGAAAGACCUGGCCUAUUUGGAAAAUGCUUUGCAUGAAGGGUUUGAUGUGAAAGUGAAGAUUGAUGAACAAACAUGUGAAGAAUGUUUGUCCUCUCAAGGAAUCUGCGGCUUCAAUAAUACCACACAGAUCUGCUGCAAGAAUGACUCAUCAUCAAGAUGCAAUACACUCCAUAUACCUCGUAUAGAUGAACUUCACCAACGCUGCAGUGGCCCCUUUAGCUGUGCCAACAAGGAAGAACUCUUUUACCCGUUCUGGAAAUCUGGCAGAGAAGACUGCGGCCACCCUGACUUCAAACUCGACUGCAAUGGAGAAUUCGCAGAACUGGACAUGUCCUCUGUUAAGUACAGAAUCUUAAGUAUGAGCUAUGAGGACUCUCCUGUCAUUAGACUUGCCAGAUCGGAUUAUAUAGGCCAUCUUUGUCCACCAGAUCCACGAAAUGCAUCACUCAGCGAAAGUAUUCUUCAACUCGUACGUGACACCGAUCUGCUAACUUUAUAUUAUGACUGCAACUACCUUUUACCGCCUGGUUCUGUAGGUAGUUACAUUAGAACUUUUGGUUGUGGGUAUGAAAGAGGCGGUAGAACAAGUUACUAUGUCACGAGAAACCUAUCCUCCCAUUUACUGAAGGGGAUUAGUGACCUUUUGUAUAACUUCACGACACUUUGCAGCAGAAAUGUCAGUAUUCCAGUUUCUAGACAGGCGUUGGACGAAUUAGAGGAGAUUCCAAGUCAAGAUAACUUAGAAAAGGCUCUUGAUCAAGGUUUCGAGCUUGGAGUUAACAAUGAUUGUUCAGAGUGCAUUAAAUCUGGAGGUGCUUGUGGGUAUAGCAAGAACUCAAGUAGUUUCAUCUGCUAUUGUGUAGAUAAGCCGCAUAGCCGUACCUGCAGAGAUACAGGUCUCUAUAAGUUUUCUGCCGCAAAAGCAGCAGGCCUCUCUACUACCGCAAAAGCAGGAAUCGGAUCUGCUUGCGGGUUGGUGGGGCUCUUUCUUAUAGCCGUAGUAUUGUUCUGUCUCUUCAGACGGAGAAAGAAAACACAGACAGAUCAAUACACAAGCAAAGACUUGCCAGUAACGUCUUACUCAAGCAGAGAAACAUCAAGCUAUCCAACUUCCACAACAAUCUCCAGCAGCAGCAACCACUCCCUUCUCCCCUCAAUCUCUAACCUCCAAAACGGAAGCACCUACUUUGGAGUUCAAGUCUUCAGCUACGAAGAACUCGAGGAAGCCACCGAUAACUUCUCUAGAGAGCUCGGAGACGGCGGCUUCGGCACAGUCUACUACGGCAUGUUGAAAGACGGACGAGCCGUAGCAGUGAAACGACUCUACGAACGAUCUCUAAAACGCGUCGAACAGUUCAAGAACGAGAUCGAGAUCUUUAAAUCCCUUAAGCACCGAAACCUCGUGAUACUCUACGGAUGCACGUCGCGACACAGCAGAGAGCUUCUCCUCGUCUACGAGUACAUCUCUAACGGAACUCUAGCAGACCAUCUCCACGGUGAUCGCGCUCAACCUCGCCCUCUUUGCUGGUCGGUUCGUCUAAACGUCGCCAUCGAAACCGCGUGCGCACUUUCCUUCCUCCACACGUCAGGGAUCAUUCACAGAGACGUCAAGACAACAAACAUUCUCCUCGACGACGACUACACUGUGAAGGUAGCCGACUUCGGCCUCUCACGGUUGUUUCCGAUGGACCAAACUCACAUCUCCACCGCGCCGCAAGGCACCCCGGGGUACGUAGACCCGGAGUACUACCAAUGCUACCGUCUGAACGAGAAGAGCGACGUCUACAGCUUCGGAGUCGUACUCACGGAGCUCAUCUCAUCCAAAGAAGCAGUCGACAUCACCAGACAUCGCCACGACAUCAACUUGGCGAACAUGGCCGUGUCCAAGAUCCAGAACAACGCGUUGCACGAGCUCGUUGACCCGAGUCUGGGGUUCGCGAAGGAUCCGGAGGUGAAGAGGAAGAUGAUGGCGGUGGCUGAGCUUGCGUUCAGGUGUUUGCAGCAGGAGAGGGAAGUGAGGCCGUCGAUGGAUGAGAUCGUGGAGAUUUUGAAACGGAUCAAGGGGGAGAAUCGAGUGGAGUCGUCGUCACCGGAUGUGGUGGAUAUUGAGCGGAGCGGAGGAGAUGACGUAGGACUGCUGAGGCAUUGUCAUAGUGUACCGCCGCCGAUCUCGCCGGAGACUGACAAGUGGACGAGUAGCUCGGAUACGGCCGCGAGUUCAUUUUGAGAAACUUAUUAAUUAGGGCCGUGCAUCGGUUAACUUUUUUUUACCUCUGUUUUUCUUUUUGUUUUUUUUUUUGGGCUCUGUAAUAAUCAAAUGAACCUAUAAGUUUUUUUUACCGUUGCAUUGCCUGAAGAUCGUUACGUAUUACUCAAAAUGACUAUAAGAUAACCUGCAUACA